UUGUCUGUAGAUAGACUCACAGGUGCUGGACUGCGGGGGAGUGUUUGUGUUACAAUUUGUUUCGUUCGGUGCAUAGCGAAGCAUCAACAACGUGCGGUGAAUUGGACUGAAUUUUAUUUCCUAAUAUUUAAAGGCAGAAACAGCGAUAACGGAGUUUUACAAGGACGUGAGUGUAAAACAUAUCUAUACACUUUGUUAUCAAAGUAUCUUCCUCAUUUCUUAUUGAUAAAUUAUUUUAUCAUAUAAUUUUACUUUAAGUUGCAAGAGUAAAUAGCAGAUAUGAAGUAUACAGUUAAAAACAACAUUUCCACAAAUAAUAGCAAGUUGGCAGUUAACACGAGGAACCCAGUUGCCAGAAGGAUUCCAAGGAAAAAGAAGAAAACGUACAAUCCAAGAAUUCAGAGAGGUGUUUUAUAUCUUUCACACCUUCCGCACGGAUUCUAUGAGGAGCAGCUUGACAAGUACUUUAGCCAGUUCGGGACAGUUACAAAUGUUUGUGUGCCCAGAAGCAAAACCGGGAGAUCCAAGGGGUAUGCAUUUAUUGAAUUCAAACAUGCAGAAGUAGCUGAAAUGGCAGCUUUCACUAUGGACAAUUAUCCGAUGUUCAAUCGUCUACUCAAAGCAAAAUACCUACCGCCCAAUCAGCAGAAACCGCACUUGUUUCGAUUUUCAAACAGAUCAAAUGUAAAGAAAACCUCCGUUUCAGAAAAGGCACAGCAGUCUCUGAAUGACAACCGCAUCAAGAAAAACAGAUGUCUUGAUCUAGCUACUGAAGUCGCGGUUUUAAAAAGCUUGAUCAAGAAGAAAAAAGAACUUGAGGCUAGAUUGAAAAAUCUGGACGUUAAUUAUAAGUUUGAUGUCAAGAAAUCAAAUGUUGUUUUACUUGAGGAUAUAAACUCUUAAGAGAAAGAAUUCAGAAACAAAAUUAAUUAAAUACAUACAUUGUAUCAUGUUAACUAUGGACAAAGAAGAAGAUAAUUUUAAUUCCUUAAUAUAGAAAACUUCUCUUCAACCAUUAAUGAUUUAAGAAAUGUGUACAUAUUAUAAAUUGCCCUCUUUUAGCACAAAGUGUUUAGUAAAAUAAGGUAUUACUUUUAUAGUAUUAUAAAGUCAACCAAAAUGUUGUAAAAUAAGUCCUAGUUGGAUUAAGCAAUAAUUGUUCCGCCAAGACUAUUGUAAUACAAUUUCUUGUAGUUCUUUUUGCCAAAUUAUAUUAUAAUAAAACAGAAUGUGUCGUUUU